UACAGACCUUGAAAAAAUGUCAUGCAGUAAACAUGUAAUUCCAGAAUUAGAAAUCAUGUUCAGCAGGUCUCAUUUCCAUGUGCCUAACGAAACUAUAAGCGUCAUUCAUGAGUUUGUCAAUUUACCUGAACCUAAAAAUGAAACAACUUUGG